AUGAGUUUGAGGAAACGAGCUGCUCUUGGAUUCGAUGACGGAUCUAGUGAUGAAGAAGUCGAAAAGCCACAACCUCUUUGCAAAUCAAAACUGCCCAAGCUAUCAUUCAAGACACAAGAAAUAAAAGAAAAUGAUAUAGAUGAUGUGCGACCAACGUUGGGAAAAGAAGAAGACCCAGAAGCAAUUUUGGGCGGAGAUGAUGACUAUAUGAGAAUGGCAAUUACUGAAGAUGAGAAAACUGGUCCACAGAGGUUGCAGCCGAAGGAUGAGACCAAGACUAAACCAGGAUAUAACUUUGAAGAGAUUCAAGAUAAAAAAGAAUCAAAGCCAGCAUCACUAUUUGGUCAACUAGAGUCUAGCAGAGCGGAUGAUAGUACUCUGCAGCCAAUGCCAAAGUCACAGUUGAAAAAUUCCUCUAAAGGUCUUUCAAUAAUGGAAAAGAUGGGUUUCAAGAUCGGAGAUACACUAGGAAAAGAUAGUAAGAAUAAAAAGGCCAUUUUGGAACCAAUCUUGGUAUUACAAAGAGAAGAUAGAACAGGUAUAAAAGAAGGGCAAAUAAAGAUAGGGAAAUCAAAUAAAACUAAAGCUUUUGAGGGAAUAACAAAUGAAGAUGCUAAAGAAUUUAGAGAAAGGCUAACUGAUGAACAAAACACUCAGAGGCAAGAAAAGAUUUUACACAAGAUGCAAAAAUAUUGCUUAGAAUUCAGUGGUGAUGGUGAUGCUCCUGAUAUAGAAAAAGUUGACCCAUUGGGUAUCAAUGUCUUGUGGAGAGGAUAUGUGAAAUUUGUUCAAAAACUACUCAAAGAUAAAAGGGAGCAGAGAAGAAUUAAAAAUCCGGAAGAAAUACAAGAAAUUCAGCAAGAUGGUGAAAACUCUGAAGAGGAGGAUAAUGAUGAAGAGUUGGAAUUGUUCGAAGAAUUGACCAUAGAGGAAAAAGUUCGAAAACUUCAUUUGUUUCUAAGGACUGAAUUCGAUUAUUGCUAUUAUUGUGGUGCAAAAUAUGAAGAUCAAGGCGAUUUAUAUGAGCAUUGUCCCGGAUUUACUGAAGAGGAUCACGUUUAG